UCCAGAGACGGGGCGGGUCCAGCUUUUGGAGAGUGCUGCCCACAAGUUCAGUGCAUUCACUUUCAGUUGCUUUCAUUUCCUUUCCUGAGAUGGUAGGAGAAGCCAGCCCUUCAAUCAAGGGUAGUUUCAGGAGCUCCUCUGUCCAGCCAGGAGUAGGACUGCUUGGGCUGGGAGCAGUCUCUACUACCAGCAUGGCUUACAUUGGUGCUCAUGCCAUCACGAUGCCUCCUAUACAGAGGAUGUUGAGCAACUGCCGCAGUGACACUCCCAAUCCAGGAGAAGGUAACUGCCACACUGGAGCAUCAGAGCUGAGAAUCAUCCUUGUGGGGAGAACUGGAGCAGGGAAAAGUGCAACCGGAAAUACCAUCCUUGGCAAAAGGAUUUUUCACUCCAGAGCCAGUGCAAAGUCAGUCACUGAGAUGUGUGCCAAGGAAAGAUUCACCUGGAAAGGGAAGAAAGUUGUGGUUAUUGAUACUCCUGCCUUUUAUGAUACAACAGGCCCUGACAGAGAUCCUUCACAGGAGAUUAGUCGCUGCAUCCAGCUCUCUUCCCCAGGCCCCCAUGCUCUGGUGUUGGUCCUACAGCUGGGCUAUUACUCUGAAGAGGACAAGAAGUCAGUGGAAAAAGUACAGGAUUUAUUUGGAGAGGGAGCCCUGAAGCACACAAUUGUCUUAUUUACUCGGAAAGAGGAACUGGAAGAUGUCCUCUUGAGUGACUACAUUGGAACGACAGAUAAAGCUGAUCUUCAGCAGCUCAUUCAAGCAUGUGGGAAUCGAUACUGUGCUUUCAGCAACAAAGCAGCAGGAGAAGACCGGGUUGCCCAGGUCAGUGAGCUUAUGGACAUGAUAGAGAAACUGGUGCAGGAGCAUGGAGGGCAAUGUUAUGAGAUUCAAGAACUAAAGGUAUCAGGGAAGGCUAACAGGGAAGUGAAAGAGGGAACAAGGCAUUUUGAGAAAAAGUGUGCAAACACAGGAGAAGAAUUAAGCACUAGGUCAAAGGAGCUAAAGACAGAAAGGACAAUCCCAGACAAGGCCAAUGAAGUGCUAGAAGAUCAGUUGAAAGAUCAAAGAGGCAUUACGAUAGAGCUGGAAGAAAAAGAAAGAGUCUGUGAGGAAGUCAUGAAGAGAUCCAAAGAAGAAGCUGUGGGUGAUGCUGAAAAACCACAUUUGGAGCCAGAAAAAGAUGCAUCAACUCUGCCAGCAGCCCAAGAGGACGGCAGCCAGAAACAAGAAGAAUCAGCAUUGAGAAUCCUCCUUGUUGGUAAAACUGGAGCUGGAAAAAGUGCCACAGGAAAUACCCUCCUUGGGGAGAACAAGUUUGAGUCCAAACUUGGGGCAAAACCAGUAACUUUGGAAUGUGCCCAAGGAAGCAGGAAGUGGAAUGGGCGUGAAGUUGUGAUAAUUGACACUGCUGACAUUUUCAACCCAAAUACGAAAGGGCCAGAAAUUUCUCAUGCGGUUCAUUGCUGCUUCAGGCUCUCCCAUCCAGGCCCCCAUGCUCUGGUGCUGGUGACCCAGCUGGGCCAUUACACAGAGCAAGACAAGGCAGCUGUGAAGCAAGUACAAGCAAUAUUUGGCCGUGAGGCUCUGAAGUUUGCAGUUGUUUUAUUCACUCGGAAAGAAGAUUUAGGGGAUGGCUCCCUGGCUGAGUAUGUGACAAAGUCAAAUAACAGAGAGCUCCGAACAUUGAUUAAAGCCUGCAAGAACCGAUACUGUGCUUUCAACAACAAAGCAGAAAAAGGAGAGCGAGAUGCACAGGUCAAAGAGCUGAUGGAACUGAUUGAGGAAAUACUGCAGGAAAACGGGGGCAAGUACUGCCCCAAUAAUCGGUCUGCCCUGGAUACUACGUUGAAUGAAGAGAGUGGAGCACAAAUGAGAGACAGGAGAAAGUCUGAGCCAACUAUUAGGCAAUAUGUUGGACGGAAGUUGGUUAGCUGGUGGCAAGGAUGGACUUCCACUGACUAUUUGUUUCUAGGUGAAGCUGGUCUGUUGCAGAUAUUCCAGGGAAUUAUGGAAGAGAGUCUUCAGGAGAGAGAUGAAGAAACUCCACAGGACCCAAGAAAUGGCGAACGAUACACAGUGGACUCAGAGCUGAGGAUUGUUCUAGUUGGUAAAACCGGUGCAGGGAAAAGUGCCACAGGAAACUCCAUCUUAGGUCAGAAAAUGUUUGAGUCCAGUCUUUCAGCAAAGUCAGUCACCCAGGAAUGCAGCAAGAAGGAAAGGCUCUGGAGACAGAAGAAAGUUGUUGUUGUUGAUACUCCUGGCAUUUUUGACACAAAUAAACCCGCAGAGGAAAUUUAUCGUGAGAUCAGCCACUGCAUCUUGGUUUCCUCCCCGGGGCCUCAUGCUAUAGUACUGGUGGUACCCCUAGGCCGCUACACCAAGGAGGAACAAGAAGCAGUCAAAAGAAUACAAAACAUUUUUGGAGAAGGAGCCUUGAGAUACAUGAUCCUGCUGUUCACCCGCAAAGAUGAUCUGGAGGGUAUGAAUCUGGAGGAAUAUUUAAAAGAGUCCAGGGUGGCUGGCAUUCAGGAGCUGAUCAGCAAGUUUGGACAAAGUUACUGUGCAUUCAACAACCGAGCCACUGGAGAGGAGCAAGAGACCCAGGUCAAUGACCUGCUGACGAUGAUAGAGAAGAAGGUGCAGGAGAACGGUGGCACAUGCUUCACAAAUGAGCAGUAUGAUUUUGCUGAGAAAAAGCUUCAGGAAGAAACCAAUCUUCUGAGGAGAAGGUAUGCAGAGGAGCUAGAAAUGAAGAUGAAGAAGAUGCAGUUGGAUCACCAAAAGGCAAUGCAAAAGCUAGAAGAAGAACUCAAGAAGGUAAAAGAAGAAGUCAAAAUGUUGCCAGAAAUGAAAGCCCUGGAAGAAAAGCAUCAGCAGGACUCAGAAAAAAUCAAGAAGCAUUAUGGGAAGAAACAAGAAGAGGCCAGGGAAGAAGUGGAGCGGGGCCCAAUAUUAGAAAUAAUUCAGAAAGCAUUUGUGCUUCUGGUUAAAGUAAUUGAGAAAUGGUAUUUGGAUUGAAGUGCAUAUAUUCCUCUCUUCCCUGAGCUUUGACACCGUAUGGUGACAAAUUUAAAUAAAGCUCAUGUUCUUA